AUGGAAAUUUACAACAUAUCCUUCACAGACUUCACCCUCAGAGGCUUGUUCAAUAGAAAAGAUAUAUUCACAGGUCUUCUUUUUGUCAUCAUUUCUAUCAUAUUUUUUACAUCUGUUAUAGCUAAUGGAGUUAUGGUUUUCCUUAUUCGCACUGACUCCCACCUCCACACUCCCAUGUAUUUCCUCCUCAACCAACUAUCUUACAUUGACAUAAUGUAUAUCUCUACCAUUGUACCUAAGAUGUUAGUUGACUAUAUGCUGGAUCAAAGAACCAUCUCAUUUGUGGAAUGCACAGUUCAGCAAUUCCUUUACGUUGUGCUUGCUGGCACGGAAUGUCUUCUGCUGGGUCUCAUGGCCUAUGACCGAUAUGUAGCCAUAUGCAACCCUUUGAGAUACCCUGUCCUCAUGAGCCGCCAGGUCUGUUGGACAAUCAUACUAGGUUCCUGGUUUGGAGGCUCUUUGGAUGGCUUCCUUAUAACACCCAUCACGAUGAGCUUCCCCUUCUGCAACUCCCAUGAAAUUAACCACUUCUUCUGUGAGGCACCUGCAGUACUAAAACUGGCAUGUGCAGACACAACUCUCUAUGAGACAGUGAUGUAUGUAUGCUGUGUAUUGAUGCUUCUGAUUCCCUUUUCUGUAGUGAUUGCCUCCUAUGCCCAAAUCCUGAUCACAGUUUACCGCAUGAGUUCAGUGGAAGGAAGGAAAAAGGCAUUUACCACAUGUUCAUCUCAUAUGACAGUGGUGACUUUGUUCUAUGGAGCUGCCAUCUACACAUACUUGAUACCACCCUCUUACCACAGUCCAAACCAAGACAAAAUCUUUUCCGUGUUUUACACCAUUCUUACACCCAUGUUGAACCCACUCAUCUACAGUCUGCGGAACAAAGAUGUUACUGGAGCUCUAAAGAGGGUUUUGGGUAGGUUAAAAAAUACUGAACCAGUCUCUGGGGAUGUUUUAUGA